AUGACAUCCGUAUCGAACGGUCAUACCCAGACUCCCGAGAAUAUGUCCGAGUGCGAUAUGGACUUCAUCGGCUUCGGCUCGGAUAUCGAGGAGCCAUCACCGCCGUCGUCCAGCUCAGCGCAGGAAUCGCAAGAGUAUUGGAUGGGAAAGAAGUUGUUCGAGUACCUGAUCGCGAAAAGUUUGCUGUCUGACCUCCGACCCAGAGACACAACGGAGCAUCUCGACGUCUUGCACGAAGAGUGCUUGCAGACGUUCCCGUACACUCGCUGCUUAGCUACCAUCACAGCAAACGCCAUGAGCCAAAGGCGUGCGACGCUUAGUAUAGGAGCGCCGUAUCAAUCCUUGAUGCGCUCGAUAGGUGCAAUGCUGCGCCGAGAUGUUAACGGAGGGUUUGAUACCAUUGUUACAGCGGUGGAGAACUGUUUGACACCGUCAGGCGUACGUUCAUCUCGCGAGUCCUCCACGAUUACGCAAGCUGCAAGGACCACAAGUCAUACGGUCUCCGACGGCAGCCCAGAAGGCGACGUCGACAGCGUGUUUCUAUACAAUUUGGCGCUGCACGAACACUGUCAGCGCGCUGGUGAGAUGAUGAGCUGGGAUGAGAAACGUGUGCGCGCCCAUCCUCCAUCCUUUCAAGCGAAAAUCAAUGUGCAAGGUAUGUGGUUCGAGGGCAAAGGAUCAUCAAAGAAGACAGCUCGUCAUCAUGCAUGCCGUGAAGCAUGUAUCGCGUUGAAUAUCGAGCCCUAG